GUGACUUAUAAACUUAAAAAUGAUGAAGAAGAAUUAGUACAAUGUAUAAAAGAAAUAAAGCACAGGCUGGAAAAUAUGAGGACUAUGCUUGCUGAUAGCAAUGAAGUCAUGCAUUAUGAAUAUAUUUUGGCCAUCCUUCACGCCUUGCUAUAUAUUAUUAAAAGAAUAAUUAAAAAAGAGCUCACCUUGGCACUCCAACUCGAAGUUGUCGGCAAAGAAAAUACUGGUCGAGUUGAUUAUGCAAUCAAAGCCCUUGAGGAACUUAUUUGCAUCAUGGAAGGGAAGCUACAUCAA